AUGGCUCGAGAAAGUUGUAAUCUUGACAAAGACGAAGCCGAAAUCCUCAAACCUUCCUCCCCUUCCCCGUCGACCCCCGCUCCUCCAUCAUCGUCCCCGUUACCCCCGUCUCUGUUCUUGAAACCUUGCGAGCAAUCACCGAACCCGAGAGCGGAGACUACGGCUACGGAGACCGCCGUCGCGGCAUCUACCACGCCCAAGACCGACAAGGAGUCGAAGCCUGAGGAGGAAUCCAAACCGCAGGUAAAAUUCAUCAACGGGUGCUCCACUUGCGGGAGAAAGGUGGGGCUGACCGGAUUCCGGUGCCGAUGCGGGGAUCUCUUCUGCGGUCGCCACCGGUAUUCCGACACUCAUGAUUGCUCAUUCGAUUACAAGGCGUUGGGGAGGGAGGAGAUUGCUAAGGCUAAUCCUGUGGUCAAAGCUGCCAAGAUCAUCAAGAUAUAG